ACUUCUUCCCUCCCUGGUUCCGAAAUUUCCCGCCAUUUAAUUUCUGGAAACAUUUUUUCUUCAAAACUCGAAUCAAGAAACUGAGCUCAGAGGCGACGCAAACUCCGCUGCGUCCAAUGUCGUCGUGGCAGAUUUUUCCCAAAGCCGGCAACAAUUUCCAGUGGGAACUAACCGGCGAGCGUCUCGAAGUCAAAUCCGACUGCGAACAAAAUGUUUCCCUUUCUCGAAGUAACAGCAGCUCCGUUGCCCGUCUCCCAUCCAUGGCCGACCUCUUGCUCUGCUCUAGGUUCAUGCAAAGUCCAGAGGACGCCGAUGCAGGCGCUCCGAUGUUUCGAACCGGAUUGGGAAAAUCGGUUUCUGUUAAACAGUCUUCAAUCGAGAAGGCUUUAUCUAUGCUCGCCGAUGACAACGCUCCAGAUAUAGGUCAAUUGCAUAAAGGAGGUAAUUUCUCCAAUUCUCUCUUUCAAACGGGCUCUGGGAAAUCAGUCAACGUUUCUUCUCAAGGUCUUCUUAGAGCCAAGACAUUGUUAGGACUGGAAGAAGAUGAUACUUGUUCCAAUUUUCAAAGAUUUGGACAAGCUAUCAGUCCUUACGAUUUUGAGGGGGAAUUUCUGGAAUCAAAAGGUGCGUGUGGUAUGGAGAACACGAGCAAUACAUUGGUCUCUAAUACUUUCUUUUCGAGAAGUUCAUUAGAGAAUCACGCCAGCCCAUCAUUCAAACAAAUUGAAUUGCCUAACAAGGCUCCCAAGCCUCCUGCAGUGAAGUUUCAUACUGCCGGGGGGAGAUCCUUAUCUAUUUCAAGCGAUGCACUACAACGCGCAAGAAGCCUUCUUGGUGACCCAGAGUUGGGAAGUUUCUUGGAUGAAGGGGACGUGGAUUGCUAUAAGGAAGAUAUGGGAAAUGCAACACCGUCAAAUGGGAAACAUGCUUUUCACACUCCUUCCUUCAACAUGGAAGACUCAACAACUACUAAACACACAUCUAAAAGCUUUGUUUCCCCCUUACGACCAUCUUCCAGAGCUAUGCAAUCUUCAUUCAAGACAAAAAGUAUAUUAGGGAGUAAUUUGAUGAAGAAAUUUGAUGCAGCCGAACAAGAAAGUAUUAGCAGGUUUGACGACAAUAAAUCCUGUUUGCCAGAAACUUUAGGCUGCCAGCCUAGUGAGCCAAGUACAAUAGUAGACAAUGUUUCUGAAAAUGGAAUUAGAUCAGGGAUCCAUUUAGGCGAGCGAUCAUUUGGCGGGCCUCUAAAUGACAUAUCGAAUAUUGCUGACUCAAGAAGUAGAAGCGAUAGAGCUAGUAAUAACGAAAAGAGGAAGCUUUGGAGUACAAAUUCUGUAUCUCCAUUCAAAAGGCCCCGAAAUUCCAAGUUCUCCACCCCCUUGAAUAAGAAUGCAUCACUUGUUACCACAAGUUUAUCUACUUCAUCAUCUAGUAACUUUGGUUGCAAAAAAAGGGUUUCCACUCGGUAUCCACACCAAUCCUCAAGGAUGUAUAUCAAAGAGUAUUUUGGAAGACCUCCAUCAACCCGAGACAAGUUGGAUUACCUGCCAGAUGAAGUCAGAAGGAUGAAUGCAGAAAAUGCAGAGAAAUAUAAAGUUCCUGACAACUCUGGCACAAAUUGUAUUGGAGUAGAAGCUUUUCGUCAUAUGUUAGUCGAGUCUGGAGCUUCUCUGCAACAUUCUUCUGAAUUGUGGGUCAAAAAUCACUACAAGUGGAUUGUUUGGAAACUGGCCUGCUACGAAAGGCAAUGUCCAGUCAAAUCAAAUGGAAAUUUUUUGACAGUUUCCAAUGUUCUCGAGGAAUUGAAAUAUAGGUAUGAAAGAGAAGUUAAUCAAGGCCACCGUUCUGCAAUAAAGAGAAUACUGGAAGGAGAUGCACCGCCAUCUAUGUUGUUAGUUUUAUGUGUUUCAGCUAUUCGCUCAAAUUACAAAUCAAGGUCUCAAGCUUGUUCAUCCUCGACCAAUGGGUCUGAUUAUGGUGAAGGGGCAAAAGUUGAACUCACCGAUGGGUGGUAUUCUGUUGAUGCUCUUUUGGACGGGCAGCUGUCAAAGCAACUUCUUUCGGGAAAACUGUUUGUGGGACAGAAACUCAGGAUAUGGGGAGCGAGAUUGUGUGGUUGGAUCGGGCCUGUUUCACCUCUUGAGAUGUCAGGGGCUGUUUAUUUGACGUUGCAUAUUAAUGGAACUUUUAGAGCUCAUUGGGCCGAUAGACUGGGAUUCUGCAAAAAUGCUGGUGUUUCAUUAUCCUUUAAGUGCAUCAAGAGUAGUGGAGGUCCAGUUCCUUCGACUUUGGUUGGAGUCUCACGGAAAUACCCUGUUCUUUACAAGGAGAGGUUAGGUGAUGGGGCAUCCAUAGUAAGAACCGAGAAGAUGGAGAUGAAGACCAGGCAAUUAUAUGAUCAGAGGUGCACAGCUAUUGUAGAUGGUAUUGUUUCUGAAUUCCAGAGAGGGACAAAGAGUCGUAUCUACAGUGAGUGUGAUAGUGAAGAAGGGGCAAAACUCUUUAAGAUCCUCGAGACAGCGGCUGAACCUGAACUUUUGAUGGCAGAGAUGAGUCCUGAACAGUUAACUUCUUUUGCGAGCUACCAAACAAAAAUAGAGGCAAUCAGGCAAUCGGACAUGGAAAAAUCAAUCAGGAAAGCGUUAGCAGAUGCUGGGUUAAGUGGGAGAGAUGUCACUCCAUUUAUGAGGGUGAGAGUGGUUGGACUUACAAGCAAAAGCAACCAAAGAGAAACCCAUAGGAAGGAGGGCUUGAUUACAAUCUGGAAUCCAACAGAGAAGCAGCAACUUGAGCUGGUUGAGGGCCAGGCAUACGCUAUUGGAGGACUUGUGCCAAUAAAUUGCGAUGCGGAUAUUCUUUACUUGCAAGCAAAAGGAUCAACUACCAAAUGGCAGUCUUUAUCUCCACAGUCAAUGAAAUGCUUCAAGCCCUUUUAUAACCCCCGAAAAUCAGUUUCGUUAUCAAAUUUGGGGGAAGUCCCUCUAUCCAGUGAAUUUGAUGUCGUUGCAAUUGUUGUACACGUGGGGGAGGUUUUUACAACUGCUCAUCAGAAGAAACAGUGGAUAUUUGUGGCAGAUGGUUCGAUAUCCGAGUCACAUUCAGAAGGCACUUCCAAUUCACUGCUUGCUAUUAGUUUCUGUUCACCGUAUGCGGAUGAUGAGUCAUUUGUGCCAAUCAACUGCAACCUUACCGGCUCAACUGUAGGUUUCUGCAAUCUUAUUAAGAGAUCAAAGGACCAGAUCAAUAAUCUCUGGGUGGCAGAAGCAACAGAAAAUUCGUCCUACUUUUUGAAUUUCGAUUCUGUCGAUUGUUCUCACAUGAAAAACGCUGCAGUUUCUGCUAAAAGAUGGGCAGAGAAUUCCACUUCAAUUAUCGAGAAUCUCAGGGAGAUGAUUUUAUUUAUGAUUGGUGAUCGUAAAGGCUAGUGGGAAAAUGAGCUGAUCGGACCUGGAUUUUAAUAUCCUUGUCAAAAAAGAAGAGAAGGAAAAGGUCUUUGUCACAGCAAUGGGACGAGCAGGCGCAUGAUAUCCUCCAUGAAUUGCAAAUUGUCUUUCAUGUGCCGUCGGCUAUGAAUCCUCCUGCCUUCCUUAUUAACAAGAUUUGGCAUUCAUCAUGUGCAUUGAUUACAGAAGGCAGCUCGCUUUGCCCUGUGGACAAAAGUGGGAAUGGAUUGGCGUCUGUGGCAUCCAUCAUGUAAGUAAAACUUGUGUGGCUCAACCUUCAGUUCCUUUCUUUGAUUUAGCUGUCCAUAAUUUUCCAUGGAUUGAAAGGGACUGACGGCUUGGGUUGGUUCUAUUAGAUGUAUAUCAUAUCAAUUAUGUUCUCAUAGCUGGAAUUAUUUUUGGUACAGUUUAUCAUUAUUCCUAAUUUACCCUUUAAAAAUCUUUAUAA